CAGCCGAGAUAGUAGUAGACAACAGCAACAGCUAUGGCUCAGCGCAUGGCAGAGUUUUCUUGGACGAUUAACCAACGAGAGCCCUCAGAUCGAUUUGGAUCGUUGUCGUGUAACGUUCUACAUAUUUUCCGAUAUUCCGACCAGACGAUGAUUCAGGCGAUACAGUUACGGAUGAUGAUGCUGUCGGUGGAGCUCGUGCUGCUCGUGCUAGAGCUCUUCUCGUGCCCCACUCUGGCGCUGGACCCGCCGCUGACCGUCUGUGCGCGAAGUGUGGGCUGUGUCAAGGGCACACACCAAAAGGGCUAUCAGUCGGAGCAGUUCGAGGCCUUCAUGGGCAUUCCAUAUGCCCUGCCACCCGUGGGAGCGUUGCGGUUCAGCAAUCCCAAGGUUAUGCCCAAGCUGAUUGGUGUCUACGAUGCCACCAAGCCCAAGCCGGACUGCGUGCAGAAGAACUAUCUGCUGCCAACUCCCAUUAUCUUUGGGCAGGAGGAUUGCCUCUAUCUGAAUGUCUACAGGCCAAAGCUUGCACUUCCUAGACAAUCCCUGCUGCCUGUCAUGGUCUACAUCCAUGGCGGUGGCUUCUUCAGUGGCUCCGCUGGACCUCAAGUGACGGGACCAGAAUACUUCAUGGACUCGGGUGAGGUUAUCCUGGUAACCAUGGCCUAUCGCCUGGGGCCUUUCGGUUUUCUGUCCACCCAGGACUCGUCCAUUUCCGGCAACUUUGGUCUCAAGGACCAGAAUCUUGCCCUGCGUUGGGUGCAACGCAACAUCGAUGCCUUCGGUGGCGAUCCCAAGCGCGUGACCAUCUUUGGCCAGAGCGCCGGGGGAGUGGCCACGCACCUGCAUCUGCUUAGUCCCCGGUCGAAAGGACUCUUCCACGGCGUGAUCAGCACGAGUGGCACAGCCAACGUGCCCUUUGCCAUCACAGAACGACCUCUGGAGCAGGCGCGUCUCGUGGCCGAGCUCUGCGGCAUCAAGCAGGCCCAAAACCUCAGCACGGCCAAACUGGCGCGUUCGCUGCGCCGUGUGGAGGCAACCAAACUGCUGGAUGCCGGCGAUGGGCUCAAGUUUUGGGAUGUGGAUCACAUGACAAACUUCCGGCCCGUGGUGGAGCGGGGCGUGGGCGCGGAGGCUUUUCUCAGCGAACAUCCCAGGGAGCUUGUGGCGCGAGACAGUCGCAUGCCCAUUCCCUGGCUGGUGGGAACCGUGCCGGACGAGGGAGCCGUCCGCGUGGUGAACAUUAUGGGCAACGAGACGCUGCGGCAGAGCUUCAACGAACGCUUUGACGAGCUGCUGCAGGAGCUGAUGGAGUUUCCGACCAGCUUCAGCGAGCAGCGGCUGGCCAGCAGCAUGAGGCUCAUCCUGAAGGAGUACUUCCGGGAUGAGCACGAAGUGAACGAAAAGACUGUCCAGGGAUUCAUGGAUCUCAUCACUGACAGGGGAUUCAAGCAUCCUUUGUACAAUGCCAUCAGGGAGGAUGUCCGACACCGGCAUCCGCUCUACAUUUUCAGCUUCAACUACAGGGGCUCACUGAGCUAUGCCUCUGCCUACACGUCGGCGAAUGUCAGCGGCCGAUACGGCGUGGUCCAUUGCGAUGAUCUGCUCUACCUGUUCCGCAGUCCCCUCUUCUUUCCCGACUUUGAGCGCAACUCCACGGAGGCCAAGGUGAUUCAGUCCCUUGUGGACUACUUUGUGCACUUUACCAAGUUCGGCAAACCGAGAAAUAUGGAGUCACUGACACCUUGUACGGAAUCGCAGCUGCAGUCACGUUCCAGUGGAAUGUGUGACUUCCAGGAAUUUGCCAAUACGCCGGCCCCUGCUGAGGGCUUCGAGGUGCACGUGUCCAGCACAUUCCAGGCGGCACGAGUCCAACUCUGGUCGAGUAUACUAAAUGAAACCUCCUUAAAUGAAUACUAAAUGAGUCAGUGAAUGAAUGUAAGGUACAGGAACUAAAGAAACGCUCUCAAAGAUGUAGGUUCUAAGAUGGAACUAGAGAUACACAUAACAAAUAACUCAAAUAAAAUCUAAUAUUUAA